AUGCAUCGCCCGCAGGGUGACAGCGGCAACGUCAUGUCCAAACCGUCGGAUGACACCUUGCACGCCAAAGCCAUUCAGGAACACGAUCACCAGAGGAAUGACAUGGACAUUGAAGCCAACGAUGCCCAGGUUAACGAGAUCGUCAGGCCUUACAGUCUCAAUCUUAUUCGCUCAGCGUCAAGACUCGACCCUGGUAUCAACCCGUUCCUAUCGGACCACCCUGCCCUGGACCCAAGCUGUCGCGAAGAGUUCAACGCCAAGAAGUGGGCCCGAGCCCUUCUACAGCACUCAUAUGAUCAUCCCGAGGACUACCCAAGACUUGAAGCUGGAGUCGCGUAUCGCAACCUGAGUGUUCAUGGGUACGGCACCGACACGGACUACCAGAAGGAUGUCCUUAACGUCCUCUGGCAAGCACCAAUGAUGAUCAAGCAGGCUCUCAGCAACCGUCGCCAAAAGAUUGACAUCUUGAGAGAGUUUGACGGAAUCGUCAAGAGUGGUGAGAUGCUCUUGGUGCUGGGCCGUCCUGGCAGUGGUGUUUCUACCUUGCUCAAGACGAUCGCUGGUGAAACUCAGGGUCUUCAUCUGGGAGAUCACUCUGUCGGAUUGGAAGUCUAA